GCGAUCGGCACUACUAUUUCCAAGAAAAAGCCGGCGUCAAGACUUAAUCUUAUUAGAACGCGUGCAAGUCACCGCAAGGGGAUCUUAUUGGCCGAGAGGAGAAGACGGCGAAGACGCCCACAACGUGCACGCUUAUAUAGUACUCUGCGGUGUUCAUUCAUAGUUCCACUCCAGUCUAGUCAUUCAUUAAUCCGAUACGGCGAGAGUGUCCUUACAGAGCGUGCGCUGAUCACGACUCUCGAUCGUUCGAGUGACCCCCUUCGAGUUCGCACGCCCGUGCCUAUAUCCGUGUGUGUGUGUGUGUGUGUGGGUGUGACACGUCCUACGAUAUACUCGUGAAAUCGAGAAGUACCUCGAAGCAGGCAGCUCGUCGACAAGGUGGAUCAAACAUCGAACACGGAGAAUGCGAAUAGAUCCGGUGGGACAGACGAUUACCUUCGCGUUCCUCGCAUCGUUGCUGAGUUCAGGCCUGGACACGGUUUCGAGCGCACCCGCUUACGGCCCCCGCACCGCCGUAUCCAACGCGAACAACAUGGACCGCUGGUUGCAACCGUGCGGCAACCCGGUCGCGAUGCAGUUCAAGAAGAUGCCACAGAGACACAGCGUGCACAGAACGUUGAAAAGGGUGCGGACGCAGCUCCGCGUCGCCCAGAACCACUUCAGAAAGCACCUGGACGAUGUGCACGAGAUAUACUCGAAGGUGUACUCGUUGAAGGGGCAAUACAGAAUGCCUUGGCUCCCGGAGAAGGAGUUCGAGUGGUAUUUCAGGGAGGUUUGGUGUCGAAAAGGGAAGAAAGCUGACCGCGCGCUUCCGCAUCUUUACGAUUCGCUGCAAAGGUUCGCCAUCACGUUCCAUCAUCUCAGAACUUUCCGUCUGAAAUCUAACAUCAACGUUGACCUCACGAUGGACAGGAGAAACGAGAUUAUCAAUCAAAUGCACAAUGAGAUUCUCAGGGUGUUGUGCGAAGUGGAGACCGCAAUUCUAAACUUAGGGUUACAAGUGCCGGCAGCGCAUACGGCAAAAAUAGUGACGGAAAGUUCAAAUUGGGCAAAGGAGGCCGACUUGACUUCGAUGUUGAUCCAAGAUUGGGGCGUGAUAAGAUUAUAUCAGGCGUUUCUGAAAGCUUGGACGAAAGCCUUCCGUGACGCGACCGCGCUUGGACCAGGGACUUGCGAUCCUAAUAGGCCGAAUCCAGGAGCUAAGAACAUUAACAAAGGAUCUGGGCCAAAGGGUAAAAGGAUAUCGAAGAUUAAGAAGCAAAAAAGGCCAGUUAGAAAGCAUUCAGAGGGCGGUGGCCAGAAUAGUUCCUUGCCUCAGGGACCAAAAAAGAGUAUUCAGAGGAACAGACUGCUGAAAAACAAACAAAAGAAGCUCCCGGGAAUGUGAUGAAAUUCACCUCAUAAGGUUUCUUCUCUUUUUUACCGGAUCUACUGAUUAUUUUAAAGGGACGGUUAACAGGCAACUUCUUCAUUUUGCGUGUAAAACUCCUCUUUCUCUCUCUCUCUCUGUCUUCCUUUUUCUUCUCUCUUUAUUAUUACGACUGGAAUAUCUUUGUCGCGUUUCACUUUUCAUAUCAUCAUAUUAUAUUAUUAAUUUAAAAAAAAAAAACAUUUAACGAUAUCUAAUGUGUUAAUAUUAA